AUGGCGCUCCCUCGUAUGACAGCGCUCCGUGCCGCGAGUCAGGGCCGCCGCUGGUGUGCGACACCGGCUGUGCGGGCUGUGGCCGUGCAGUCGCUGCUGCCCCGCCGUACUCUGGCUACGUCGGCAGACCCUAUGAACCUGGAAACGCCCCCCGCGUCCGCGAGCGUAUUUACAGCGCAGGACACGUUCCUGCGUCGUCAUAUCGGCCCCCGCGCUGCUGAGAUCCAGCACAUCCUCGAUACGCUGGGCUACAAGACCGUGGACGAGUUUGUGAACAAAACUGUGCCUGAAGAGGUGCGUCUGCCCACCGACGCGGUGGACCCUGCCUCGAUGCCGGCGCUCUCGGAGAGCGAGCUGGCCGCUCGUGCGCGGGCGCUGGCGGACCAGAAUGAAGUGCGUCGCUCGUUUAUCGGUAUGGGCUACCAGAACACCAUUGUCCCCCCGGUGAUUAUGCGCAACGUGCUGGAGAACCCGGCAUGGUACACGAGCUACACGCCGUACCAGCCGGAGAUCUCGCAGGGCCGUUUGGAGUCGCUGCUGAACUACCAGACGAUGGUCAAGUCGCUUACCGGGCUUGACAUUGCCAACGCGUCGCUGCUCGAUGAGGGCACAGCUGCUGCCGAGGCAAUGAUCUUGGCGUAUGGUACGUGUAAGGACAAGAAGCGCAACGUGUUCCUAGUCGAUGACAAGGUGCUGCCACAGACGCUGGCCGUGCUGCGUGGCCGCGCGAAGGGUUUUGGCAUCGAGAUUGUCUCGCGUGCGUUGCAGGCGAAUGGCGAAGUACAGGCUGUGCCUGCGGACGUGAAGGACCGCGUGAUGGGCGUGCUGGUGCAGUACCCGGAUGUUGACGGCUCGCUUGUCGACUGGCAGCCGCUCGCGCAGGAAGUCAAGAGUGUCGGUGGUCUUGUGGUGGCCGCUACGGACCUGCUUGCGCUGACGAUGAUCAAGCCGCCGGCAGAGUGGGGAGCGGAUAUUGCGGUGGGCAACGCUGCGCGCUUCGGUGUGCCGCCGGGCUACGGUGGUCCGCAUGCCGGUUUCUUUGCGGCGACUGACGCGCUGAAGCGUCGUAUGCCAGGCCGCUUGAUUGGUGUGAGUCGCGACACGAAAGGCCGCCCUGCAUACCGUCUCUCGCUGCAGACGCGUGAGCAGCACAUUCGCCGUGAGAAGGCUACGUCGAACAUUUGCACGGCGCAGGCGCUCCUGGCGAACAUGUCAGCCAUGUAUGCCGUGUACCAUGGCCCGCAAGGUCUGCGCCGCAUCGCUGCGAAGGUCCAUGCGCUGACCAAGGUGCUCAAGGCGCAGGUCGAGAACUUGGGCUGCACGGUCGAGCAAGCGGAUGGCGCGUUCUUUGAUACGCUCACGAUUCAAGUGCCUGCGGCCAAAGUGCACCAAGCGGCGGCGAAGCUGGGCAUCAACUUGCGUGUGAUCUCCGACGAGAAGGUGGGUGUGACGCUUGACGAAACCGUGACGGCCCACGACUUGGCGCACAUUGUGAGUGCCAUUGCGGCUGGCCGUGAUGAGCCGCCGACGAGCUCCGAGAGCUUGGUGCAGACGGCGACCACCAUGGGUCUCUCUGCACAGAGCGUCGAUGACUUGCAGGUGAGCGAGCGCUUUGCGCGUACCUCGUCGUACCUCACGCAGCCUGUAUUCAACAAGCACCACUCUGAGACGGCGCUGCUGCGCUACAUCUACGGUCUGCAGGGCAAGGAUUUGUCGCUCGUCCAUGCGAUGAUUCCCCUCGGCUCGUGCACGAUGAAGCUGAACAGCACGUCGAGUAUGCAGAUGCUCUCGUUCCCCGAGUACCAUGCCCUGCAUCCCUUCGUCCCGGUGGAGCAGGCGAAGGGCUACCAGACGCUGAUCAAGGAGCUGGAGGCCGAUCUUGCGAAGCUGACUGGCUUUGACGCCGUUUCGCUGCAGCCCAACUCGGGUGCGCAGGGCGAGUUUGCGGGUCUCUCGGUGAUCCGUGCGUACCUCGAUGCGCAAGGUCAGCAGCAGCGCAACGUGUGCUUGAUUCCUACGAGUGCCCAUGGCACGAACCCAGCGUCGGCGGUCAUGGCCGGCAUGAAAGUCGUACCGGUGCAGACGCUGGCGGACGGCACAAUCGACUUAAACGAUCUGCGUGCCAAGGCUGAGAAGCACAAGGAUGUGCUUGCCGCGACGAUGAUCACCGAGCCCGGUACGACCGGUAUUUACUUUGCCCAGAUCAAGGAGGCCAUUGCGAUUGUGCAUGAGUUUGGUGGCCAAGUAUACCUGGACGGUGCGAACCUCCAGGCGCAAGUCGGUGUCACGAACCCUGUCGUGAUGGGCGCCGACGUGACGCACCUCAACUUGCACAAGACGUUCAGCAUCCCCCACGGCGGUGGUGGCCCAGGUGUCGGCCCGAUCGGUGUGAAGGCACACCUGGCACAGUACUUGCCCGGUCACCCGGUGGUGCCGACGGGCGGUGCGCAGGCUAUUGAGCCGAUCUCAGCGGCGCCGUGGGGCUCGGCUUCGAUUUUGACGAUUGCGUGGGCGUACAUUCGUAUGCUGGGAUGGUCGGGUAUUCGUACGUCGACCAUCACCUCGCUGCUUAAUGCCAACUAUGUGAAGGCGAAGAUUGAGCACAAGUACAAGGUGAAGUACGUUGGCAAGCACGGCAACGUGGCGCAUGAGCUGCUUGUUGACGUUGCUGAAUUCCAGCAGUAUGGUCUGCAAGUCAUGGACUUUGCGAAGCGCUUGAUUGACUACGGCUUCCACCCACCGACCUGCUCGUGGCCCAUUUCCACGGGUCUGCUGAUCGAGAUCACCGAGAGCGAGCCGCUCGAAGAGAUGGAUCGUCUCUGCGAGGCUCUCUUGAGCAUUGCGCAGGAAGUCGAGGAAAUCAAGAGCGGCGCAUUGCCACGUGACAACAACAUGCUCAAGAAUGCGCCGCACACCAUCGAGGCGCUUACGUCGGAGACAUGGGACCACCCCUACUCGCGUGAGCGAGCCGUGUACCCGGUACCUUCGCUGCGUCAGUCCAAGUUCUGGCCGCCCGUGUCGCGCGUGGAUGACGCGUACGGCGACCGCAAUCUGGUCUGCGAAUGUGGCUCGGUGGAAGAGUACGCGUAA